GGCUGUGGCAGGGCGGUCCAGUGAAGAAGGCAAUAGGAAAUCAGCAAUCAGCUUUGAGGCACUUUUGGAGGAAGUGCUGAUACAAGAAGCCGCAUAAGGAAAGGUGUAUAAGAGGGAAUCAAAAGAAUCUCCAUUGAAAUGGCUUUGGUCAAUGGGCAAUUCUGGUACAGAUGGGCAAAUGAUUGCUUUUUGCUUACUAUUAUUAGUUGGGGACUCCUCUUUCAUGUGGAUGCCUGGACUUACCACUAUGGGGCCGAAUCAGACCUAACCUGGGAAGAUGCACGGACAUUUUGCCAGACCUGGUAUACUGACCUGGUUGCAAUCCAGAACAAAGAAGAAAUUGCCUAUCUCAAUGAUGUCUUACCAAAACAUUCAAAGUACUACUGGAUUGGGAUCCGGAAAAUAAACAACACCUGGACAUGGGUAGGAACCAGAAAGGCCCUGACCAAAGAGGCAGAGAACUGGGCUUAUCGGGAACCUAACAACAGGCGAUCCAACCAAGACUGUGUUGAGAUUUACAUUAAGAGGGAGUAUGAAGUAGGAAAAUGGAAUGAUGAGCCUUGUGGGAAGAAGAAACGGGCACUCUGCUAUAAAGCUUCCUGUGAACCUUCCUCCUGCAACGAACGCAGUGAAUGUGUGGAGACCAUUGGGAACUAUACCUGCCAAUGCUAUCCUGGUUUCUAUGGCCCUUUGUGUGAAAAUGUUGUAAAAUGCAACAAGUUUGGCCCUCUCCAUCAGGCCCUGAUCAUGAAUUGCACUCAUCCACUGGAGCAAUUCAGUUACAGAUCUCAUUGCAGCUUCAGAUGUGAUAAAGGUUUUACAAUAACUGGCCAGGUCAACUUGCAAUGUUUGUCAUCUGGACAAUGGGCAGCAGAAGAACCUCAGUGUGCAGCGGUUCAGUGCCAGCCAUUAAAUAUCCCUGUAAAUGGAAAUUUCAGUUGCAUUCAUAUCCAUGGGGAAUUUCAUUACCAGUCUCGUUGCAACUUUAAAUGCAAAAAAGGCUUUCUGAUCAAUGGAGAAGAGACCAUUGUGUGUGAAGCAUCUGGAGCAUGGAGUACUUCAGAGCCAACCUGCCAAGUUAAGCAAUGUCAGACAAUUCAGCCACCUGCAAGAGGAAUUAUGGAUUGUGUAAACCCAAUUGGUGAUUAUAGUUACAACUCCACUUGCAGUUUUGCUUGUGAAGUGGGCUUUGAACUUAGUGAUUCCCAGCCUUUGAUUUGCAGCGCAUCUGGUCAGUGGACUUCUCCCGUACCAACAUGUCAGGCUAUUCAGUGCCAGUCCCUAGAGGCACCUGCUCAUGGAAAUACCACCUGUGUUCAUCUCCAUGGGGAAUUUCAGUACCAAUCCAGCUGCACUUUUCUUUGCACCAAGGGUUUUCGGUUACUUGGGUCAGAGGUCACUGCAUGCACAGCUUCUGGAAAAUGGACAGCCCCAGCCCCAGUUUGCCAAGCUGUUCAGUGCCAGCCAUUAAAUAUCCCUGUAAAUGGAAACUUCAGCUGCAUUCAUAUCCAUGGGGAAUUUCAUUACCAGUCUCGUUGCAACUUUAAAUGCAAAGAAGGCUUUCUGAUCAAAGGAGCAGAGAUCACUGUGUGUGAAGCAUCUGGAGCAUGGAGUGCUUCAGAACCAUCCUGCCAAGUUAUGCAAUGCCACCAUUUGCAGAAUCCUAAAAAUGGGGAGAUGGCCUGCUCUCACCCAUUUGCAGAAUUUGCUUACCAAUCCACCUGUCAGUUUGCAUGUGAACCUGGCUUUCUCUUGACUGGAACGAACACAACCUUCUGCUUGGCAACCAGGCAUUGGAGUUCUCCAUUACCAGCAUGCCAUGUUAUUGAAUGCCCAAACCUGGAUAAUCCUCAAAAUGGAGAAUUAAAGUGCUCUCAUCCACAUGGAAGUUUUGCUUAUAAUUCCAGUUGUGCCUUCUCCUGUGAUAUGGGCUUUGUACGCAUUGGAACAAGUCAACUUCAGUGCACACAUUUGGGAAAGUGGACUGCAGCCACACCCAGUUGUGAAGCUGCCAAGUGCCCAUUUCUACACAAGCCGGCAAAUGGCCAUUUAAAGUGUCUUCACCCUAAUAGCCAUUUUGCAUAUGGCUCCAGUUGCAACUUUUCCUGCAAUGCCGGUUUUCAACUAGUUGGGCAGGCAACACUUGAUUGCACCGCAUUAGGAAACUGGACUCAAGAAAUGCCUUCCUGUAAAGCUGUCCAAUGCCCACCCCUGAAAAACCCAGAGAAUGGCAAAGAAAAUUGUUCUAAUCCUUAUGGACAUUUUGCAUAUUACUCCAGCUGCACCUUCUCCUGCAAUUCUGGAUUUGAAUUAGUUGGAUCAGAGAAGCUGAAUUGCACAGAUCAGGGAAACUGGACUGGAGACACACCCAUCUGUGAAGCUCUCAAGUGCCCUGAAUUGCAGGCUCCAAAGAAUGGACAGCUCAAAUGCUCUCAAUCUUAUGGAAACUUCACAUAUGACACCAGCUGCAUCUUCUCCUGUGACAUGGGUUUUAAAAGAAUUGGAUCCAAAAGGGUGAACUGUAUGGCCACAGGAGAUUGGACAGGAUUUGCACCAUUUUGUGAAGCCAUAAAGUGUCCCCCCCUUAAAGAGACGGAGAACAUGAAAAAGAACUGCUCCCAUCCCUGGGGCCACUUCAGCUAUAGCUCCACAUGUCACUUCUACUGCACUGAGGGCUUCAUUCUCAAUGGAACAAGUAGGAUGCAAUGCCAACCUGAUGGCCGGUGGUCUGCUGAGAUGCCUGUUUGUCAAGAAAAUGCUGCCAUUUACCUAAAGCAAGUUUUGCUCUAUACUGGUGGAGUCACAGCAUCCCUUGUUGUUUUAAUGAUCUCUGGAGGUCUGAUAGCUCUAGCAAUUAAGCGUCUCAGCAAAAGAGAGGAGAAAAAGAAGCUGUUAAGUCAUACCAGUGAGUUGGGGGUACCUGGUACAUAUUCCAAUUCAGCAUUUGACUCAGUCUUCUAAGAACUCAUCUGGAACAUGCUGUGAAGAAAAAUGCUGAUGCAAUGGAAUAUUCACCCACCUCAUUCAGUUCUGUUAAUAUUAUUGAUUAGGAUUUGGGCUCACUGAAGUCAGAAAAAAUAAAUUAAUAUUUGAAACCUAUAGCUUUAAAAGAUACAUUGCAUGGAGCUUCCAUUCACCAUGCAGCGACAGCACUUAAAAGAUCUCAAAACUUACCAGAAUUCAUUGUUAUUUAUCUUCUGGCAAGAUGUUCUGAAAUGUUCUUUUAACUACUCAAAACAUUGCUAACCAUUAUUGCUAAGAAGAUGCUGUAGAUAUGCCAAGAAGUCUUUUUGGGAAAUUGUAGAUUUAAAAAUUGUUUCUAUUUUCUUGUAUCAAGAUACAGAUGUAAAGACAUAAUAAAUCUUGCUUCUUUCAAAGCUUGGUUUCAUAAUAAAAAAACAACGAAAAAUAGACAGAAGACACAUGUGCUCCAUAUUUUUGAAGGAGAAUAUCCAGCUUUUGCUGGAUAUGGAAGUAGUGAAAGAUUUUAUUUUCCUAAGCUUCAAGAUUACCGCAGAUGGGGACAACAGCCAAGAAAUUAAAAGAUGCUUGCUUCUGGGGAAGAAAGCUAUGGCAAAUCUAGACAGCAUACUAAAAAGCAGAGAUAUCACCCUGCCAACAAAAAUGUGUAUAGUCAAGGCUAUAGUUUUCCCAGUUGCAAUGUGUGGCUGUGAAAGUUGGAUCAUAAGGAAUGUUGAGUGCCAAAGAAUUGAAGCUGUUGAACUAUGGUGCUGGAGAAGACUCCUGCAAGGCGUCUUGGACUGCAAGGUGAUCAAACCGGUCAGUCCUAGAGGAGAUCAACCCUGACUGCUCUUUAGAAGGCCAGAUCCUGAAGAUGUAACUCAAAUGCUUUGGCCACCUAAUGAGAAGGAAGGACUCACUGGAGCCUAAUGCUGGGAAAGAUUGAGGGCAAAAGAAGAAUGGGAUGAUAGAGAACGAGGUGGCUGGAUGGAGUCACUGAAGCAGUAGGCAUGAGCUUAAAUGGAUUCCAGAGGAUGGUAGAGGACAGAAAGGCCUGAAGCAAUAUUGUCCAUGGGGUCGCUAUGGGUCGGACAUAACUUCGGAACUAACAACAAUCCAGCUUUUGCAGUCUCCCUUGAGACUUUGCUAGAAAUUGUUCACAUACUGGAAUUUAUCUUUUUAAAUAAUGGCUAGAAUCUUGUUUUCAAAAGCAAAUGAAAGAGGACAACUUUAUGAAAUUGUAAGCUGCAAUCAGUGACACAUUCUGCACAUGUAGCAAAUACAUGAAAAUUCAUAAUUGCCCAUCAUAUACUGUUCAUUUUCACGAGUCAAACAUGCUCUAUAUUUUAAAUGAGCAAUCCCUUUAUUAUAAUUAAUAUGGCUAGUUAUCAAAAUGGUCUAAAAAUCAAUACUAUAUCAAAAGUACAGUUUGGUCAACUAUCUGGUUAGGUGUUGUUAGUUGACUUAUUGUUCCAGCACAAUCAAAUAUUUCAGACUCAAACAGGUCUCACUACAUUGCAUUGCUUCUUUCAUUGUCUACUAGUAUUUACAACUAGAAAAGACAACUUUCCUAGCAUGCUAAAAUAGUAAUAUAACAGAUUGAAAUCCUCACAAAAUUUAUUUGAUAUUGUCAAAUCUCAGCCUAAUCUAUCUCAGAGUGAUGGAAGAUAUACAGUAUUAUGAUUAUAAUGGGAGGAUGUAAAUGUAAUAAAAUUUAUUAUUUUCAAAUUAAUGUUUUUCCAUAAAAGCCAUAUUUUUUGUAACUUAAAAAAAUAGGGGACAAUAUUAUAAAUAAAUGAUUGUGAUACGAAGAUAGGGAUUGACUUCUUUUUGUUUAAAACAAGCUAAAACAGCAGCAGUAGGAAAUUGUAAUGUUUAGAAUAGAAUAGAAUAGAAUAGAAUUUAUUGGCCAAGUGUGAUUGGACACACAAGGAAUUUGUCUUGGUGAAUAUGCUCUCAGUGUACGUAAAAGAAAAGAUACGUUCAUCAAGGUACAACAUUUACAACACAAUUGAUGAUCAAUAUAUCAAUAUAAAUCAUAAAGAUUGCCAGCAACAAGUUAUAGUCAUACAGUCGUAAGUGGAAAGAGAUUGGUGAUGGGAACUAUGAAACGAUUAAUAGUAGUGCAGAUUCAGUAAAUAGUCUGACAGUGUUGAGGGAAUUAUUUGUUUAGCAGAGUGAUGGCCUUCGGGAAAAAACUGUUCUUGUGUCUAGUUGUUCUGGUGUGCAGUGCUCUAUAGCGUCGUUUUGAGGGUAGGAGUUGAAACAGUUUAUGUCCAGGAUGCGAGGGAUCUGCAGAUAUUUUCACGGCCCUCUUCUUGAUUCGUGCAGUAUACAGGUCCUCAAUGGAAGGAAUUAAAACAUGUAAUAUUUUAAACUCUUCUCAUACAUUUAAAACAUUAUUUACCAAUUUUGUGCUGUAGUCAUGUACUUACUGAGUAGCAACUGUGUUUUUAACAAAACCUACAACAGUGGAGAUUCCCACACAGAAGAUGUUCCAGUAUAGAUCCUGUGCUGAAACCGAAGUUUUCCUUAAUGUUGCAAAAGAUCUCUGGACAAUUAUUCAGUUCUUGCCAUUUGUCAGAGAGAUAGUUAGAGUAUAAAUUUUUUUGAAUGGAAUCUCUAUUUAUCUUUCAGGAACUGUUGUAAUCUUUUUUUCUUAGUCUGAAGCAAUUUAAAUCCUCUAAGCCUAAGGGAUAUUUUAGCCUUCUGAAGUGAUUCUCUCAAAUGCUGUAAUUGUUUUUUUUAAUUUAUAUGUGUUUGGGCUUGGGCAACUUCUCUGUGCAUUUUGUUUCCAACCAACCUGUUGUGGCUCCAGCCCCCGCCCCCGGGCCUGGCCCCCUGCCAGAGAAUGACUCAGAGAGUGAGGGGGAAGGGCCAUCAGGGCUCCCCUCCGCAGGGCCGGCCUCUCUGGCUCAGCUCCAGGAGCCAGAGGCAGGCCAGGUGGAGGAAGUAACGAGGCCUCUGUCUCCUGUAUCUCCCCCCCACCUAGGCAACGCUUCCAGACCCAGCUGUGGACAAUCAGUCCUGGUUAGAUCCCUGGUUUCGUAGACAAGCGAGGCGGGAACAACAGAAGGGGUGGAGCAGGCCUAGAAAGUGAUGAGUCACGGAACCACACCCCACAGGGUAUAAAAGCAGAAGGGGCUGCUCUACUACUUUGUGACGGACAAAACAAACUGACUGGAGAAAACUUGAGCUGAACUAUUUGACUGAGCAUUUGGCUUGGAUUGCUGUUUGUUCCUGACUUCCUGGUUGACACGCUGGCAUCAAGGAAGAUAAAAGAAAACUUUGGCAGACGCUCGCUGGUUUGCUGCCAGAGCUGAUAGCUGCUGUGGACUAAAUUGCUGGCUAAUUGAGUCAUUUCAUGUGUCUCCCGGACUGAGGUGGGGGGGGGGAAGAACACAACCCUUGCCUAGAGUUUCCUUGAUUUUCAUUAUUUUUCUUAGCCUUUCUUACAUGUCUAAUAUUGUCAAGCCAAUUUAUGUUCCAGCAGCUGAGAACAGGACACACUCACAAUAAAAGGACAAUGAGUCCUUUUAUAUAUAUUUCUAUUUAUCACACUAUACUCUUUUAAAGUGAGCAAUAUUUCUGAUGCAGUUAAAUCUAACAUCAAAAUUUCAAAAGCCACGUUUUUGCUUCCAGAAUGUUUUAUUUGGGACUAAGAAUACAGCACACGGGCACCACUACUAACUGUAACAGCUCCUAAGUAGGAUUGUUACAAAGGUAUUGAAGAAAGUUAGCACCCACCCUCCUAGAAGAAUGAAAUAUUUUAGGAAAUAUUAAAAAGGCAGAAUAUUAUAUUACCCUGGAUGAGGAAAGGAGAAACAUGCUCUUGGAAAGCAGCCCCCACCUUUGUUAAUAGCCCCAGAAAGACUGGGCCAUUUUAUCUAUAAGACAAAAGGCCUUCAGCUCCAGGAUGAUCACUCAAGAUCCAAGACUCAUUGACUAUGCUAAAGCCUUUGAUUGUGUGGAUUGCAACAAACUGUGGCAAGUUCUUAAUGAGAUGGGAGUACCAGACCAUCUUAUUUGUCCCUUGAGAAACGUAUAUGCAGGUCAAGAAGCAACAGUGAGAACUGGACACGGAACCACUGAUUGGUUCAAAAUUGGGAAAGGAGUCCGGCAAGGCUGUAUACUGUUGCCCUGCCUAUUUAACUUAUAUGCACAGCACAUUAUGAGAAAGGCGAGGCUAGAUGAAUCAAAUUGGAAUUAAGAUUGCCAGGAGAAGUAUCAACAACCUCAGAUAUGCAGAUAAUACCACUCUAAUGGCAGAAAGUGAAGAGGAACUAAAUAUCCUCUUGAUGCAGGUGAAGGAGGAUAGUGCAAAGGUUGGUUUGAAACUCAACAUUAAGAAAACUAAGAUCAUGGCAUCUGGCCCUCUCAAUUCCUGGCAAAUAGAUAGAGAAGAAAUGGAGGUAGUGACAGAUUUUAUUUUCCUGGGCUCCAAGAUCACCACAGAUGGGGACUACAGCCAAGAAAUUAAAAGAUGCUUGUUUCUGGGGAGAAAAGCUAUGGUAAAUCUAGACAGCAUACUAAAAAGCAGAGACAUCACCCUGCCAACAAAAGUACGUAUAGUCAAGGCUAUAGUUUUCCCAGUUGCAAUGUAUGGCUGUGAAAGUUGGAUCAUAAGGAAUGUUGAGUGCCAAAGAAUUGAAGCCGUUGAACUAUGGUGCUGGAGAAGACUCCUGCAAGGUGUCUUGGACAGCAAGGCGAUCAAACCAGUCAGUUCUAGAGGAGAUCAACCCUGACUGCUCUUUAGAAGGCCAGAUCCUGAAGAUGAAACUCAAAUACUUUGGCCACCUAAUGAGAAGGAAGGACUUACUGGAGAAGAGCCUAAUCCUGGGAGCGAUUGAGGGCAAAAGAAGAAUGGGACAACAGAGAAUGAGGUGGCUGGAUGGAGUCACUAAUGCAAUCGGUGAGUUUAAAUGGACUCCGGGGAUGGUAGAUGACAGGAAGACCUGGAGGAUCAUUGUCCAUGGGGUUAUGAUGAGUUGGACACGACUUCGCGACUAAUAACAAGAAGAUCCAAACAGGACAAAGCCAUUAAGCCAUAAUAGGAAUUGCCCAACACCCUUUCAGAACACAAGCCUCUUCAUUACAUAAUCACCCAACAAGAUUCAACCAAGCCUGGGACAGCCAGCCUACAAGGUUACCUCGACCCCUGCAUAGCCCCCCAGGUGUCCGACAACUAAUAGGAUACUUUUUUUUUGCACAGGAAGCUCUAGGGCAAGGUCCAAGAGAGACUAUAAAUCUCUCUCUCUCUCUCUCUCUCUCUCCACUCCAUGUGGUCAGCUACCCAGAAUCACAACUGCUUGGUGGUUCUGUUUCACUAGCCUUCCAAGCAGUCUCCACGUUUCCAGAAAGGAAUUGUCUUUCUUUCCCCACUUGGAACUGAACCCAGGUGGCCAUUUCUUCCAACAGUAUCUAAAGCAAUGUCAAACCACUUCUCAAAUUUUGCCAAGAAAAUUGCAGGGAAUCAUUAUGCGCCGACGACGUUAACUAGUUGGAUAACGAAACGUCUUCAAGCAAACAACCUAGCUCAGAGAGCAGCAAGGAUUCCACAAUCAAAGCUGGCACAAAACAGAACAAAACCUUUAAAGCGGGGAACCGAGUUGAAAUCUACAAGGCUGCAAAUUCGAUUAAGUUCCCAGCCUGUCUUUUAAAAAGUGUGCAAAACCUUACACAGACAACGUUAUUGACAGA